UGUUAAAACAUUGAAAAUAAUUUAAUUUGCGCUCAGUUUUAAAUUGUAUAAAGUGCACGAGAGCGAGGACUUUUAUUUUGAAUUGUCACUCCACCGUCCAAAGUAAGUGAUGCAGAGUCUUUGCUCUGACGAAAUAGAAGUUUUGGGCUGCUGAAGAGGUUCGUGUUUGGACAAGUGAGGCAAAACAAGCAAGAAUGACUAACAUUUGCUCUUAAACAUUACACGAGUUUCUUAAAAAAAAAGAAAAGAAAAAAAAAAAAAGACCAGAGAUGGAAUAACUUCAAUCAACGAUUAAGAGGCUAAACUCCGACUGUAGGCUGUCUAGCUCGAUGCUAUCUUGAACGAAGACAGCACAAAUUACAGCGAAAAGUCGCCUGUGUUUGAGAGCGAGUACUGCAGGACUUCAGCCGAACUACAACCAGGUAUGGACGACCCAACAGCCCUGGAGAUUUGGAUCUGUUUAAAAUAAGCACUUUGUCGGUGAUCAGAUGUGGCUGCUCGGACUGGAGAGGAGAGACGUGUCACUGCUAAAGCGGCUGGAGCAGAAGAGAUAGUCUCAGUGCCGACAUCUGUUCAUUCAUCUGCCCGGUCCGUCCCUCACCAGUGUUCAGUCAGCACAUAACCGGACCUGUUGGCUUUACUUCACUGCCUGGUGAAUUUGACACUCGGCCCUAAUCUAGUGUGGAAGCGACGCGCGUAUGUCGACAUGGGUUCUCUGUUUCGCAGUGAGGAGAUGUGUCUGGCCCAGCUCUUCCUGCAGUCCGGUUCCGCUUACGACUGCAUCAGUGAACUCGGCGAACUCGGACUGGUGGAGUUCAGAGAUCUCAACCCUAGUGUGAACUCCUUUCAGCGCAAGUUUGUCAAUGAGAUCAAGAGAUGUGAGGAGAUGGAGAGGAUUUUGGGAUAUCUUUUGAGGAAAAUUAAAAAAGAAGACAUCCAGUUGCCAGAAGGGGAGGUGAACCCAGCCACACCCUUACCCAAACAUGUGAUGGGCAUAAUGCUUCAGAAACUGGAACUGGAGCUGAGUGAGGUCACCAGGAACAAAGAGAAACUCCAGAAGAAUCUCCAAGAACUGACCGAGUACACACACAUGCUUCGCAUCACACGCAACUUUAUGCAUCGCAGUGCAGAGAGGGAACCUGUGCAGGUCCAGUAUGAAGAGUUCCCCUUUCUAGAGAAAGAACCCAUGAUGGACUACACCAGCAUGCAGAGGCUUGGAGCUAAGCUAGGGUUCAUUUCUGGGCUCAUCCAUAGAGUAAAGAUCGAGGCGUUUGAGCGAAUGCUCUGGAGAGUGUGCAAGGGCUACACCAUCCUCAGCUACUCCGAGAUAGACGAGGUCUUGGAAGACCCUGAUUCAGGUGAGCCAACCAGAAGUGUGGUUUUCCUCAUCUCCUACUGGGGAGAUCAGAUUGGACAGAAGGUUAAGAAGAUAUGUGACUGCUACCACUGUCACCUGUAUCCGUAUCCCAACAAUAACGAGGAGAGGGCAGAUGUGGUGGAGGGGCUCCAUACACGCAUUCAGGACCUGCACACGGUUCUUCACCGCACUGAGGAUUACCUGAGGCUGGUGUUAAUAAAGGCCUCAGAGUCUGUGUACACUUGGGGGAUCCAGGUUAAGAAAAUGAAGGCCAUAUACCACAUCCUCAACCUCUGCAGCUUUGAUGUGACAAACAAGUGCCUCAUAGCUGAGGUGUGGUGUCCUGUUAAUGAUCUGCCUGCAAUUCGGAGGGCGUUAGAGGAGGGCUCGAGAAAGAGUGGAGCAACAGUUCCCUCUUUUGUCAAUCGAAUCCCAAGCAAUGACACUCCACCAACUCUCAUACGCACAAACAGGUUUACCUCAGGCUUCCAGAAUAUAGUGGAUGCCUACGGUGUGGGCAGCUACAGAGAGGUCAACCCAGCUCCAUACACAAUCAUUAGCUUUCCCUUCCUGUUUGCUGUGAUGUUUGGAGACCUUGGGCACGGCAUCAUCAUGGCACUGUUCGCUCUGUGGAUGGUUCUCUAUGAGAAUGACCGCAAGCUGAAGAAAACCAGGAAUGAGAUCUGGAACAUGUUUUUCGAGGGCCGUUACAUCAUUCUGAUGAUGGGCGUAUUUUCGGUCUACACCGGACUAAUAUACAAUGACUGCUUCUCCAAAUCACUCAACCUGUUUGGCUCAGGAUGGAGUGUCAAAGCCAUGUUUGACCAUGGAACCUGGACCAUGAACACAAUCCGCUCAAAUGGCUUCCUUACACUGGAUCCAAAUGUCACAGGAGUUUUUAAAGGGCCCUAUCCACUGGGGAUUGACCCGAUUUGGAACCUGGCAUCAAACCGUCUCACCUUCCUCAACUCCUAUAAAAUGAAGAUGUCUGUGAUUUUAGGAAUAAUUCACAUGACGUUUGGUGUCAUCCUUGGAGUUUUUAAUCACCUGCACUUCAGACGGAAGUUUAAUCUCUACCUGAUAUUUCUGCCUGAGCUGCUCUUCCUGCUGUGUCUCUUCGGGUAUCUAGUGUUCAUGAUCAUCUAUAAGUGGCUGGUUUUCACAGUCAGAGACUCGCAGGCGGCUCCCAGCAUCCUCAUUCACUUUAUCAACAUGUUCCUCAUGCAGGAGGACUCUAGCCAGCCGCUCUUCCCAGGACAGACUGGUCUUCAGGUGUUCCUGUUGAUUGUGGCCCUGUUCUCUGUGCCUGUGUUAUUACUGGGCAAACCUCUCUACCUCUACUGGCUACACAAGGGCAGAAACCGUCUGGGCAUAUACAGGGGUUACCAGCGUGUACACCGAAGCAGUGAAGAAGAGCUCUCUCUCUUGCACACUCAUGAUAUGGAGGAGGCCAGCAGCCUGGAAAGCCAUUCCAGCAGUUCUGACAGCCAAUCUGAGGAGUUUGACUUUGCAGAUGUUUUCCUGCAUCAGUCCAUCCACACUAUAGAGUACUGCCUGGGCUGCAUCUCUAAUACUGCGUCCUACCUCCGGCUGUGGGCUCUCAGCCUGGCACAUGCCCAGCUGUCUGAAGUGUUGUGGGCGAUGGUGAUGCGGGUGGGUCUGCGUGUGGACACCAGUGUGGGGAUUGUGUUCCUGGUGCCUGUGUUCGGACUGUUUGCUGUCCUCACUGUGUCUAUCCUGCUGGUGAUGGAGGGACUUUCUGCCUUCCUACAUGCCCUCAGGCUCCACUGGGUGGAGUUUCAAAACAAGUUCUACAGUGGUGCUGGUGUCAAGUUUGCGCCAUUUGCCUUCUCUCUCUUGCACAGCAGCUUUGAGAAUGAAGGGCUGUUAUGAACUGUGUGACACUAAAGAACGGAGCAGAGCUGCACGUUUCAUUGCUGGGCUCUCUCAGUGAUUUUAACGGAUUUAUAUACAGUGUUGUUGCACUACAUGCCAAAUUGGUCCAUCCAAAUACGGUUGUGGAUUGUCUGGAGAUAUCAGAUAACAGUGGGAACGUCUCCCAACAGACUGAACAGAUUUCUGAGCCACAUAAGAUGUUUGAUGGUUUUCGGACAUGCAACAAUAAUACACUGAGAUCAUAAGCAAAACCUGAAGAGACUUUGAAUUGGAAAUAUGACUCAUUGCCCUCGAGUAGUGCUUCAGUUCUGUUGAAUGUAUUACAUAAUUUCUACACACUCACAAAAGUGCUGGUUGGUUAUCAAUUUUCUACCAUGUUGCCUGAUGGCUAUGCAGAGAUGGGAAGUCUCUACAAAGCUGAGCUUAUUCCAUGAAUGACUUUAAGAUUCCUUAUAUACAGUGUAAAAAAAACUUGAUGGGAGUUUCUUUAUUUGCUCACCCAAGUCUUCAUAAUUUGAUUUUAACUGAAGAUGUAAAUUCCAGAGCUGUAAAUUUUUCCUCUUCUCAUUUUCAGUGUGUUGAAACCACCUUUCCCAUAAGGUAAAUUCAUCAAAUGUAAUGGUACUCUUGAAAAAAUGGUUAAAGAUAAUACAAUCAUGGGUUUAUUAUACAGCAGUUUCUUGACACAGAACUGAUAGAUGUUAGCUCAGAAAGGCCAAGGAUGACAGCAUGUCUUCUUGGUGGUUGAAUUAUUUCAACAUUCAAAAAGAUCUGCUGCAGAAAGCAAGAACACCUGAUAGCCAACUGGAGGCUCAGAUAUUCCUAAGUGCCUAACAUGCUGAAUUUAUUCAGGUGGGAGGUGGAUUGAGUUUCUUUUUGCUUUCAACAAAGUAAUUUAUGUGCAGUGAAUUUAUAAUUAAAUGGAGCAAUGCAUCUGUUUUGCUGUUUAGGGCAAAGUCUUAAGUCGGACAGAAUUCUUAAAGGCAUUUCAUUUUGUUUUAUAAUUAUAUCAUAAAAUGACGUUUUUAGUGAUCUUAAACCGUCACAGAUCUGUUCAGUUACUCGUUAUUUUGCCUCUACAGAAUGGUCUUUUUCAUUUAACCCUUGACUUUAAUGUGAGAGAUUGUGGUGUGUGGAUUGUGAGCCACUCAAUUCAUUUCAGCUUCUGGUAUUAUUUUAUUUAUUAACAGUACUGAUCAAAUGGAUUGGUAUGGUUUUGAAGAGUGUGUAUUAUUAAGUUAACCAUACAUUCCAUAUUUUGGCUUUGACAUUUUUAUAUUUAAUAUAACACAUUAAAUCAAACCUGUGAAGCUGAAGGAAUAAAGCAGAUUUUUUGUUUGCUACAAUUAAAUAACUCUUGACACAUCA